UGGUGUCAUUUUAUCACAGUGUGAGCUGUGACUGUUGGUUGCUGUCUGUGCUGUCUUGUGUCCCCGGACAUGCUACUCUACCCAGCUUGAGUUCUGUUUCACUACCUACUCAGGAGAAUGUUCCCCAGCUUCAAGGUGAAGGUAUCAGGGAUGGACCCCAAAGCCAAGUACAUCCUCCUUGUUGAUAUCAUUCCAGCUGAUGGCCACCGAUACAAGUUUUCCGAGUGCAAAUGGGUGGUGGCGGGCCAGGCAGAGCCGGCUACGCCCAGUCGACUAUACGUCCACCCUGACUCGCCUGCCGUUGGUGCUCACUGGAUGCGUCAAACUGUCUCCUUCCAGAAGCUGAAGCUUACCAACAACCACCUGGACCCCUUUGGGCACAUCAUCCUCAACUCCAUGCACAAGUUCCAGCCACGACUGCAUAUCCUCAAGGCCGACGCCAACGACUCCUUUGGUUCCCAAAGCGGCGCGUUCUGCACCCACGUGUUCCGUGAGACCGCCUUCAUCUCAGUCACGUCCUACCAGAACCACAGGAUCACUCGACUGAAGAUCGAGAACAACCCGUUUGCCAAGGGUUUUCGCGGAGGGGAUGAGAGCAACCUGCGUGGGCCCCGCCCUUUCGGCAAGGAUUUCCAAGGGGUGACCAGGGAUAUGCGCUCCAUUCACAGACCCCACCUAGGAAGGCUGAGGUCGGAGCCUUAUCGGCAUGGCAACAGCGGCCUCCCUGCAAACUCUUGGAACCCCGAGGAAAGCAUGUCCCGCUCCAGUGGGAGUCCAGGCCUGUUGGGUCAUCGCUCCAGACACAGAGACAGCAGCGGAGCCUGGGAGUCGGGACGCAAGCAAUCGCACUCGGCGACACUGCCCCCUGCUGGUGGGGUGAGGGACUGCCUCUGUGUCACACCCUCCUAUGAGUCAUCUGGGGCAAUGGGCUUUGCUGAGACCUGUGCGUACGUGGGUGCCGAAGGGGUUAGGGGCAGUACCUGGCCAUUGAUGGACACCUACCCCAAGGACAGAGUCCAGCCGGAGAUCCGCGUUCCACGCCCACCUCGUGACAACAAUUUCCCCAGAGCAGUCAGUCCUGUUGUUACACCCCCAGGACCCCCCUCCAUGUGCCCCCAGGGUCAGGAUCCAUCGCAGGGUGGCCUGUCACCGGUUCCUCCUUUGCCCCCCAACUCCGGUGCACAGGACGCAAGUGCCAAUGCCUCACACUACCACAGGGAGGCGCUGUCUGCUCCACAUCCACACAGAGACUUUCCAUCAUUCACCUCCCAGCAUGCCUUGUACCAAUACCCCGUAGGGCUUUGCACCAUCAGGGCACACUGGACUGACAGCUAG